AUGGCUGGUGGUACUAGUAGUAGUAUGUCACUUCCUCCUCCAAUAAAUUCAAGUAUUAGAAAUGUGAGAAAUAAGAAAGUUGCAAAAAAUGCUCUUGGUCAAAGACAAGAUGUGGCAUGGAAACAUGGAACUCCCGUAAACGACGGAUCAAGAAAUAUCAAGUGCAACUAUUGUCAUAGUGAGUAUAGCGGCGGUGCUUUUCGAUUUAAGCAUCAUUUAGCAGGGACAAAUAGUAAUGUCGAAUCCUGUGUAUCUGUUCCAGAUGAAGUUCGUAAACAAAUGUGGACUAUUGUUCAUAGAUUGCAAAGCAAACUCAUCAAGAAGAGAACUCUAAGUGAAGAUAUAGAAGUGGUUGAUGUGGAAGAUGGUAAAAGAAAAAAAGUUGAAUCUUCAGGUCUUGCAAAUAUUUUCAAGAGGGCGAUAACUUCUCAAUCAACUAUCAAUGAUGCUUUUAAAAAAAAGUGA